GCAUCUACAAAAGUACUCUACAUUGAGCGUAUGCAACCCAAGUUGGGUUUAUGUAUUUAUGUAUAUUUUCACAAAAUUGUUGCGUUGAACUGAAAUUAUGGAGAAGAAAAUAUCAACGAGACGGCCAGUAAAAGAUGAUUGAUAUCGGAUAAUUAAUUGUAUUUAACUUUAUCGCAAACAAUAGUAUCCGAUAUCAUUGUUUUGUUUUGCACCCUGAUCAAAUACAUGUAUGAAAUAGAUAAAAAUGUCUUUAGAUCAAACGGUUUGCGAAGACUUGAAAGCUUUUGAAAGACGUCUCACAGAAGUGAUUGCCAGUUUGCAGCCAGCUACCUUACGAUGGAGAAUACUCCUGGGUUUCAUUUCUGUUUGCACCGCUGUUGGCGCGUGGCAUUGGCUAACGGAUCCUAAUACAUCAGCUGUAUCAUUUACCGAAAGCCUAUGCAAUCACCCAUUUUUUGCAAUCGCUAGCAUUAUUUUAGUGAUACUAUUCAUGAUGGGAGUUCACAGACGGGUAAUAGCACCGAGUAUAAUAACUCAGAGAGCCAGAAGCGUUCUUGGUGAUUUUAAUAUGAGUUGCGACGAUACUGGGAAACUCAUUCUUAAACCAACAAGACCACCCCAUCCACAUGAAACUUAAGAACAUAUUCGUACAAUUUAUGAUAAUUCCCUAUAACAAUUCGUCAUAUUACAUAUAAGUUAGCAUAAAGAUUUUCCUAAGUGUAUAAUAUUUAGUUGCGAAAAUGUAUUGCUAAAACAUUAAAUAUUUUUAUAAAUAUU